AUGCCACCAUUUAUAGUAUUUCCAGAACCUAAACCAAGGUCGUACAAUCCAUUGAAUGGAGCUACUGAGGGAUCAGCCAUCGCUUACACCAAGAAAGGUUGGAUGGAUGCUGUCACAUUUGGAAAAUUCAUUGACCAUUUUGAUAAGCACGCUGGAACUGAUCGUCCUGUUGUCUUGUUGCUAGACAGUGUCAGUAGUCAUGGUGAUCACAAAGUGUUCAUUGAUGCAAAGAGCAAGGGGAUAGAGAUGUACAGGAUCGUGCCUAAUACCACCCACCUGAUGCAGCCGAUGGACAAAGGCGUCUUCGAGCCAUUGAAAUCAAAGUGGCAUUUGGUUGCAAGAACGUACAGUAGGGAAAAUCCUGGAAGAUCGAUUGGCAAGGAGGUGUUUGCCGAGAAAUUGACAGAGGCAUUUCUCAAUUUCUGCAAACCUCUAACAGUCAUUAAUGCAUUCCGAUCGUCUGGUAUAUACCCAGUAGAUGCAUCUGCUAUAACUGAUGAAAUCCUGAAACCUAGAAGAACGUUUUUCACUUCCAAACCAGAAGAACAACCGUCAACUUCUGGAAGAGUGUCACAAGUCAUGCCCAUGGAAUGCUCGCCUGGUCAACAAAAUGCAAAGGGUGCUCUAGAGGUAUUUGAAGAGACUUUUUCCACACCAGUUCUAUAG